AUGGAAGUACCAAUAAUCCUGCAGCACCUUAAAGACUACCACCAAAGUACAAUUGAAAGAGAUGAAAUUACUCAUAUAAGGGAAGACAUAAUCACCUUUAUCCACGAUUUUUCCAAGAAAGUAGGACUAAGAGGUGCUUAUCUUGGUAAUCGGCUUUGUCCUGAUAGCAAUUCAAAUUGCUAUAUUUCAAAGAUCAACAACUUGCUUCCAAAAUCCGAGUUCAGCCCAAGGUUAAAGCUGUUUUCCUUAUUUGCGAAAUUUUCUAGUAAACUGAAAAUUAAUGUUAAUGUUCCUACAACUCUAAUAAAGGUCGAAGAAGUUCCAUAUAUAAUUCAUACCAAAAAAGAAGGAAGUAUACAAUCAAAGGCCUGUACAAGUGAAGAUUUUUUAUAUCUAACACAGAAGAAAAACGACUCCAACUGUCCAUUAUUUUGCUAUAAAGUUCCUGGGCAGGACACAAUUGCUGUUUUUACCAUUGAAAGCGCAGAAAAGCUAUGAAAUAACUCAGAAGACAAUGCCUUCAUGCAGCAGUAUAUUUUAGGUCGAUCCAAUACUGUGUGUAUUACGAGAGUUUUGUGAAAACAAGGCUCUAAGAACAAGUAUUAUAAUAUUGUCAAUAGAACAAAACAAGAAAUUAAAUCUCAAAUUAGCUCAGUGAAAGCAAAAAAACCAACCCAUAAGAAAUCAAGCUCAACAAUAAAUAUUUCAGAUUUCCAAUAUAGAAAUAUGAUGCUGCCUACUACUCAGUCAUUAAAUAAUCCAUAUAAGAUUAGGAAAUGCAGAACUCCUUUAAAGCGGAAGACUUCUGGAAAUAAUUCAUUUUCAGAGCUCCCAAAACAAGAGCUACUCCUCCUCAUCCUUCCUUGAGCGAUAAAAAUUUUUUGCUUUUCACAGAAGGGGUGAUUUUUGUGAAAAGAAAAUUUAUAUAUAAAUUAAUAUUAAAUUUGUUUUUAAAAUUGCAAAAAUCAAAGUGAAAAUUUAUGGUUUAAAAUGCCAACUAUUUAAAAUUUAAUAGAAUUAGCUAGAGAUUUCGCUAUAAGAAUUACUAUUAUAUAUAUCAUAUAAUUUUAUAUAGGGAAAACACUAUAUAAUUACCCAAAAACUAAAUUUUUUUCCAAAAGUUUUGCUCGCUUAGCUAUGAGAGAAUAAGAAGCUGCCCUAGUGGAAAUGUGUCUCCACUAAUGACAGUAAAAGAUGACGACAGCUUGUAUCAGAGACGAAACUUAACUGAAGAGCUUUCAAGAAUUAUAGGAGAAGGAAGUUAUAAAGAGUUCAUAGUCACCACCAAAGACUCAGAUAGCUGUUAUGCUAUCGAAACACUCGUAAAAAUCCCAGAAAUUGAAAACAUGGUUAAUCAAGUUGUACAGUUUUUAAACACCGAAGUAUUUAAAAAUACUCUUCAAGCUAUCGUCCUUGAUUUUCUUCAAGACAGAAAUAAUAACUGAUUUCUGCUUGACUGCAAAGAAUAUUUAGCAGACACUAACACAGGAAUUGAGAAGAAAAAAAUCAAUAUCCCAAGCCUACAUAAGUCCAAAAGAAGUAGAUCACUUGUAAUGCGCAAAAAAAAUACCUCGUUUGAGGAAGAUGAAGAAAUCAAAAUAGAAGACUCGUCUCCUAAAGAGAUUUUAUUUGAAGAAGAGAAAAAAGAAGAAAAAACACUCCCAAAAUUCAAAAUAAAACCAAAAAUGAUUAUAAAUGAGAAGCCUCAUAUAAAUAAUGAAAAAGAAUUGGUAAAAAGAUGUGCUGAAGUUAAUGAAAAAGUGGACCAAAUUAUAAAUAAAAAAAUGAUAAGAGCAGCUACCUCAAAUUUAAUGCAAAGUGAAAGCCCACAUCCAUUCCCUAUUAAUACUUCGUUUUCUCAGCUCAGCGAUACACAAAAUUCAAGUCCGAUUUCUCCCCUUUAUAAAAAAAGAACCCAAACUAAUAUAAAAGAAUCUUUAUGGGAUGACAAAUGCCACUAUAUGACAAAAAAGCAUUAUUCAGAUAUUGUUGACAAUUUUGACGAGAUGACGCUUAACACACAAAUAGCGAAGAUGAGGAAACAAAAUUUAGUAGAGAAAUAUGGAGGGGAUGAGUUUUGGAAUAGCUUUAUUUUGUCAUUUUACAACAAAGUUUUAGCAAGUGAAGUUUUGUAG